AUGUCGCGACUGGCCUUCACCGAAUCCCAGCGAGGACCUGCACGCGACUCCCUCGAACUUGCCUCGCUUGCCGAUUCCGAUGAACACGACGAUCUACCCUCAGAAACAUCCUCUCCAUCAGGUAUCUCCUCGUCGCGUCGCCUCUCCCUAGAGGAUGAAGAUCCACUCGACAGCGCAAAUCCGGCCGGUCGUGGCCGUUUGCGUGGCCGUUCCUAUUCCGUCUCAUCUGCGUUCGACUUCACUCCCGCCCUCUUCCCACUUUCUUCCACCAGCGGCGGAUACACUGCGCUCGGCGCGCCAAGUCAAGUCUCGCUGACUCUUGAACGUGCCGGCGCCAUCGAAAACCUAGAGAAGAACAAGACAUUGACAUACUUGAACGGCCUGUCGCUGGUGGUUGGACUAGUCAUUGGGUCUGGCAUCUUCUCCUCGCCCGCCCAGGUCAACUCUCACACUGGCUCGCCCGGCGCGGCACUAAUAGUAUGGGCUAUAUCGGGCGUUCUCACCUGGACGGGUGCGUCGUCAUACGCUGAGCUGGGAGGAGCCAUUCCCUUGAACGGCGGCGCCCAAGUCUACCUGGCCAAAAUCUUCGGAGAGCUAACAGGUUUCCUCUUCACCUGGACCGCCAUCCUUGUACUCAAGCCCGGCUCCGCUGCCAUUAUCGCCAUCAUCUUCGGCGAGUAUGUCAUCAGAGCAGCCAUCGGCGCCGAUGUAGAGGAUGUCAACCCCUGGAUCAACAAAGCCCCAGCCUUCCUGGCGCUCGCGGUUGUCACUUUCUUCAAUUGCAUCUCCACCCGUUUCGCCGCCCGCAUCGGUGAUCUUUUCAUGUUCUUCAAGUUCAUUGCGCUGAUUGCUAUCACUGUGGUUGGCAUUAUCGUUGCUGUUACCGGUCUGUCCUUUAAUGGCCCAGCCAAUACCGACUGGAAGACCAAGGGCUGGUUUGAGGGCACGUCGACCGACAUCUCUAACUGGGCCGUUGCUAUCUACGCUGGCCUGUGGGCCUUCGACGGCUGGGACAACACCAACUACGUGACUGGCGAAUUCAAGAACGCAGCCAAGGAUCUGCCGCGUGUGAUCCACACGGGCAUGCCUCUCGUCAUCUUCUGCUAUAUCCUUGCCAACAUCGCCUAUGUAUUCGUCCUCCCUCUGGCUACCAUCAACAAAUCAAACACGGUGGCUGUACAAUUCGGCAAUCAAGUCUUUGGUGGCAUCGGUGCCUUGGUCCUCGCCCUCAUUGUCUCUGGAUCCUGCUUCGGCGCCCUCAAUGCCACAACCUUCACCUCUGGCCGCCUGGUAUACGCAGCAGGUCGUGAAGGCUACGUGCCCGCACUUUUCGGCAAAGUUGGCUUCGGCACCUCCACCGACCUAAGUGCACCGAACAAGUUUCGCAAGCGGUCCUGGUUUACCAAGAAGAUAAGCAAGAUCUUUGGGGAUGACGCCGGAUUUGGAUAUACGCCCAUUAACGCUAUGAUCCUCAACUCGCUGCUCACCGCGGUCUACGUUGCCGUUGGUGAAUUUCAGACCCUCAUCACCUUCUACGGCGUUGCCGGCUACACAUUCUAUUUCCUGACCGUGCUUGGAUUAAUCGUGCUACGCAUCCGCGAGCCAAACCUCGAACGGCCGUACAGGACGUGGAUUACCACACCCAUAAUCUUCUGCUGCGUCAGCUUGUUUCUGGUCACGCGGGCGGUUAUCAACCAGCCGCUGCAGACCUUGGUGGUCAUAGCCUUUGUGGCGAGCGGCAUCCCUGCAUACUAUUGGCGUGUGCGAGGACGGGAUGGUCCAAAGGGCCAAAGAGACGGGGAGAGGAGGUUCUGGCGGCGAUGGGGCCGGAGCUGA